AUGGACGGUGGAGAAUGGACGGUGGAGAAUGGACGGUGGAGAAUGGACGGUGGAGAAUGGACGGUGGAGAAUGGACGGUGGAGAAUGGACGGUGGAGAAUGGACGGUGGAGAAUGGACGGUGGAGAACGGGGACGGUGGAGAAUGGACGGUGGAGAAUGGAACGGUGGAGAAUGGACGGUGGAGAAUGGACGGUGGAGAUGGACGGUGAGAAUGGACGGUGGAGAAUGGACGGGUGGAGAAUGGACGGUGGAGAAUGGACGGUGGAGAAUGGACGGUGGGGAGAAUGGACCGGUGGAGAAUGGACGGUGGAGAAUGGACGGUGGAGAAUGGACGGUGGAGAAUGGACGGUGGAGAAUGGACGGUGGAGAAGGGACGGUGGAGACAUGGACGGUGGAGAAUGGACGGUGGAGAAUGGGACUGUGGAUGAAUGGACGGUGGAGAAUGGACGGUGGAGAAUGGACGGUGGAGAAUGGACGGUGGAGAGAAUGGACGGUGGAGAAUGGACGGUGGAGAAUGGACGGUGGAGAAUGGACGGUGGAGAAUGGACGGUGGAGAAUGGACGGUGGAGAAUGGACGGUGGAGAAUGGACGGUGGAGAAUGGACGGUGGAGAAUGGACGGUGGAGAAUGGACGGUGGAGAAUGGACGGUGGAGAAUGGACGGUGGAGAAUGGACGGUGGAGAAUGGACGGUGGAGAAUGGACGACUGUGGAGAUGGACGGUGGAGAAUGGACGGUGGAGACUGGACGGUGGAGAAUGGACGGUGGAGAAUGGACGGUGGAGAAUGGGACGGUGGAGAAUGGACGGUGGAGAAUGGACGGAAGGGAGAAUGGACGGUGGAGAAUGGACGGUGGAGAAUGGACGGUGGAGAAUGGACGGUGGAGAAUGGACGGUGGAGAAUGGACGGUGGAGAAGAAUGGACGGUGGAGAAUGGACGGUGGAGAAUGGACGGUUGGAGAAUGGACGGUGGAGAAUGGACGGUGGAGAAUGGACGGUGGAGAAUGGGACGGUGGAGAAUGGACGGUGGAGAAUGGACGGUGGAGAAAUGGACGGUGGAGGAAUGGACGGGUGGAGAAUGGACGGUGGAGAAUGGACGGCGGUGGAGAAUGGACGGUGGAGAAUGGACGGUGGGAGAAUGGACGGUGGAGAAUGGACGGUGGAGACAUGGACGGUGGGGAGAAUGGACGGUGGAGAAUGGACGGUGGAGAAUGGACGGUGGAGAAUGGACGGUGGAGAAUGGACGGUGGAGAAUGGACGGUGGAGAAUGGACGGUGGAGAAUGGACGGUGGAGAAUGACGGUGGAGAAUGGACGGUGGAGAAUGGACGGUGGAGAAUGGACGGUGGAGAAUGGACCGGAGGAGAAUGGGAACGGUGGAGAAUGGACGGUGGAGAAUGGACGGUGGAGAAUGGACGGUGGAGAAUGUACGGUGGAGGAAAAUGGACGGGUGGCGAAUGGACGGUGGAGAAUGGACGGUGGAGAAUGGACGGUGAGAGAAUGGACGGUUGGAGAAUGGACGGUGGAGAAUGGACGGUUGGAGAAUGGACGGUGGAGAAUGGACGGUGGAGAAUGGACGGUGGAGAAUGGACGGUGUGAGAAGGGACGGUGGAGAAUGGACGGUGGAGAAUGGACGGUUGGAGAAUGGACGGUGGUGAUUGGAAAUGGAUAUCGACUUUGGACUGUGGAGAAUAGACAUUGGACUGUGGAGAAUAGACCUUGGACUGUGGAGAAUAGACAUGGACUGUGGAGAAUAGACAUUGGACUGUGGAGAAUGAGACAUGGACUGUGGAGACCAUUGGACUGUGGAGGAAUAGACAUUGGACUGUGGAGAAUAGACAUUGGACCUGUGGAGAAUAGACCUUGGGACUUGUGGAGAAUAGACAUGGGACUGGUGGAGAAUAGACAUUGGACUGUGGAGAAUAGACAUUGGACUGUGGAGAAUAGACAUUGGGACUGUGGAGAAAUAGACAUUGGGACUGUGAGAAUAGACAUUGGACUGUGGAGAAUAGACAUUGGACUGUGGAGAAUAGACAUGGACUGUGGAGAAAUAGACAUUGGACUGUGGAGAGAUAGACAUAGACAUGGACUGUGGAGAAUAGACAUUGGACUGUGGAGAAUAGACAUUGCGAUGUGGAGGAAUAGACAUUGGACUGUGGAGAAUAGACAUUGGACUGUGGGAGAAUAG